CGUGCGCGUCCAUGUGUCGGUAUAAGAUGCGUGCGCGCUCCCGCCCCCACCUCUUUCUUUCCUCCAUUUUGAGAGACGCGGAGUGGCCGCAACCAUGCAGAUUUUUGUAAGGGCUCAAAAUCUACACACCCUUGAGGUGUCUGGUCUAGAGACUGUCUACCACAUCAAGGCCCAGGUCUCCUCUCUAGAGGGAAUUGCCUGCGAAGACCAAGUUAUUCUUCUUGCUGGUGCCCCCUUGUCUGAUGAAGACACCCUUGGCCAGAGUGGAGUAUGUGAUCUCAGCACUUUGGAUGUUGCUGCUCGUCUGUUGGGAGGUAAAGUCCAUGGUUCUCUAGCUCGUGCCGGAAAAGUACGAGGCCAGACUCCAAAAGUGGCCAAGCAAGAGAAGAAGAAAAAGAAGACUGGCCGGGCAAAGAGGCGCAUGCAAUACAACAGGCGCUUUGUUAAUGUUGUGCCCACUUUUGGCAAAAAGAAGGGACCCAAUGCUAACUCCUAAAAUGUCACAAUGGGUUAAUAAACAGAUGUAGAACUUCAA